AUGGAAUUCCUUGUGCUAGACGCACCAGCGUCUGAUAUUCCCACUACGUUCAUCGAUGUUUCGACAUGGCACCUUCCCGAUGUGCCGCUGGCAGAUAGUACAUUCCACAUCCCGGGCAAGAUAGAUAUCGUCAUCGGCAGUGAUAUGUAUUGGAAGCUACAUUCUGGCCACAAACGCUCCCUAGGUAAUGGCAAGCCAUGGCUGAUUGAAACACCGUUCGGGUGGGUCAUCGCAGGCAAUUCGGCUUCCAACAGCACUACCUAUUCGACGUGCCACGUCGCUACGACGAAUACAUCGUUGGAGUCGUUUAUGGAACUGUUGAAAAUUGCGUACCAAAAUGAACGAUUCUGGCAAGGCGAAACCAUCCAGCAAGAGCCGACGUUGUCCGCAGAGGAACAGAUCUGCGAGAACGUCUACACAACGACCACAACUCGUGAUCCUUCAGGAAG